AUGAUCGUCAACGUGUGCGCUUCCAGUCGUAAUUCACGUGAAAAUUUUUGCCAAGUGUAUUAUUACCUGGACGAAGAGCAAAGUGCAGCCGUUGCAGCCUCUUCUUCACCCACACAACACUCAACAACAAAAAACAAAACAACGUCGUCCACUUUAAAAAGCUCAAAGAAACAUCCGAAGAUCGAACAAGAGAAACCUUCGCUUCUAAAGAAACUGUUUGUGAAAAUGACAUCCAUGCGACGUGGUCUCAUCUAG